CUUCUGUUUACGUUGGAUUAAACAUAAAAUAAUUUAUAACAUCCAUAAUUGACGAGUGUUGAUCAAACAAACUUUAACAAAAUGUUAUUUUACUUGUUGCUAAUUGCUGCAUCGCCGUUUCUUAUCAUUGCGAUUCAACAAAAUUCGGAUGAUACAAUGGAGAUAGUUCAGGUAGAUAAUAACAGUCCAAUGGCUUAUGGGCAAUUCAAUGGACAAGAAAGUGAAGUUACAUCCCGUCCAAUCUGUAACUACAAUGAGCAAUUCGAUAAAUGCAUGGGAAGCUGCCCUAUAAUAUUGCUUUACGAUCCUAUUUGUGGUACAGACGAAGUUACUUAUGUCAAUAAAUCGGGACUAAAAUGCGCGCAAUGUUGUGGGAAAGAGAUAACAAUAAAACAUCGUGGAAACUGUACAGAAAGUGCAACUGAAUAA